GUUCCGUCUGGCUACCUUCUCUUCCCUCUACUCAACACGAAAUGUCUAUUGAUAUUAAUGAAGCCAUUAAACUCAUAAGAGACAUGGCAACCAUGAUAGAUCCUGACGAAGACUAUCUUUCAAUUGCGGAGACGAAAGAAAAGAUUGCUGCCUCGAAGGCCGAUAGAAAGAAAACAGCAGAGGAAGCCCAUGCAGACUUCAAAGCCCUUGCCAAGGCUCUUGACGCUGCACGAAUAUCAUCUACACGACCGUCUUCCGUCCUCUCUGCCGAUGCCCACGCGUCUGCUCUGAACGAGCUGGAUGUAUCCGGUCUAACUCUAGGGAAAGCCAUUAGCAGCAUGGAGGGCCUUGUUGUUAGUAAAGAAGCGGAACUCUCUUCUCUAAAAGAGAGAGCGAGGCAGCUUGAAGAUUGUGACCCCGCCGCUGAACAUAAGCGGGAGCUGGACAGUACUGCUCUACGACUGAGGGUCUUCAAGGGUCUUGGAUUUGAGCCCAUCAAUGACAAUAAGGGGAAUCUCUCCAAGAUGUUAGUCUGCUCAUUGACAGGUGACAUCCAAUGCAUACAGUUUGAUGGGAGACACACCGAGGUCGAAUAUACCGAACAGCUAUGGACAGCGGCUACAUCCUGAUCUGUGUAUCAGGAUACUUAUGAAUGUCCAGCACAUGUAGCCUCAUAAUGUGUAUAAUAGUCCGUCUAGUUUAUUAGAAACCAAGACAAAAACGGAGCCAUAAAAGAGCAACUUAAGUUAGAUAGGACAUGAGAAAUGUGUUAAUAUCCUUAUGCCUGCGUAGCGGUGUUCUCCUGCUCGAACUGUG